GUACACGUGAUUGUAAAUUGGUGUUUAAGUGAAAUUUUCAAGAUGCAACACGAUGAUGUAAUUUGGAGCAUAAUUAAUAAUACAUUUUGCUCUUUUAAAGUAAACACCAAAACACAACAGUUCUGCCGAAAUGAAUAUAAUCUCACAGGUUUAUGUAAUAGGGCAUCCUGUCCAUUAGCUAACAGUCAGUAUGCAACAAUAAGAGAAGAAGAAGGUGUUUGUUAUUUAUAUAUGAAGACAAUUGAACGUGCUGCUUUUCCUUCUAAACUCUGGGAGAAAGUGAAAUUAUCAAAAAAUUAUGAGAAAGCUCUUGAACAAAUUGAUCAGCAUUUAAUCUAUUGGCCAAGAUUUGUUGUUCAUAAAUGUAAACAAAGAUAUACAAAAAUCAAACAGUAUUUGGUUCGAAUGAGAAAAAUUGCACUCGGAAGACAAAAGAAACUUGUACCACUGCAGAGAAAGAUAGAAAGGAGAGAAAGGAGAAGAGAAGAAAAGGCUUUGAUUGCUGCCCGACUUGAAAAUGCAAUCGAAAAAGAAUUACUUGAACGUCUUCAGAAAGGAACAUAUGGAGAUAUCUAUAAUUUUCCUCAAAAAGCAUUUGAAAAAGCUUUAGAUGAAAAGGAAAUAGAAUCUGAAAUUGAGGAGGAGGAAGAAGAACAGGAACAAGAAAUCGAAGAAGAAAAUGAAGUGACUUAUGUAGCUGCAGAUGAAUUUGAAGAAAGUGACAUCUCUGAUAUUGAGGAUUGGCAUGAAAAGUCUGAGAGCAGUUCUGAUGAAGAACCGAAAAGUAAAAAGGUUAAGAGGAGGCCUCAUAUAGAAAUUGAAUAUGAAGAAGAACCAAGUACUUCAAAAUUAAAAUCUAUCCCUUCUGCUCAUUAGUUAGUUUGUCAAGUUGUAUCAUGUUUAUCUGAAAAUAAAUUAUUUUUUAUUUUAAAAAACUGA